AUGAAAAGAUUAGGUACAAGUUUUCAUUAUCUUGUGUUCUUCUAUGCCUUUUGUUUUCUUGAGUUUGUGAUAAUAUUAGUCUCACCAAUCACUGAAAAGGAAAUCUUGCUUCAAUUCAAGGGUAACAUUUCAAGUGACCCUUUUUUGAGUUUGAGUUCUUGGGAUCAAAAUAAUAGCCCCUGCAGAGAUUAUAGAGGUGUGUUUUGUAACUCAGAUGGAAAUGUGGUAAAAAUUGUGUUAUGGAAUACCAGUCUUGGUGGGGUUUUGUCUCCUGCUUUAUCUGGAUUACAAUCUUUGAGAAUUAUUAAUUUGUUUGGGAAUAAAUUUCAAGGAAAUAUUCCUUUGGAGUAUGGAGAGACUGGUACAUUGUGGAAGAUUAAUUUAAGCUCCAAUGCUUUAUCUGGGGUAAUCCCAGAUUUUAUUGGGGAUUUGCCAAAUAUAAGGUUUCUUGAUUUAUCAAGAAAUGGAUAUAAUCGGGAGAUUCCUUCAGCUUUGUUCAAGAAUUGUUACAAGACAAGGUUUGUAUCUUUAGCACAUAACAAUCUUUCGGGUGCCAUCCCCGCGUCGAUUGGUAAUUGUAGGAAUCUUGAGGGAAUAGAUUUGUCUUUUAACAGUCUUAGUGGAGGAUUGCCUGCAGAAAUUUGUGGCAUUCCAGGGGUAGUUUACUUAUCAGUGAGAAGUAAUGUGCUAUCAGGAAAUGUUCAAGAUAAUGUUUCCGAGUGUGGAAGUUUGGAUCUUUUGGAUCUUGGUAGCAAUAUGUUUACCGGGGGCACCCCGUUUGGGAUUCUUGGAUCGAUAAAUCUUACCUAUUUUAAUGUUUCAUGGAAUGGGUUUCAGGGGGAAAUUCCGGAGAUUGAAACUUGUAGUGGGAGAUUGGAAUUUUUUGAUGUUUCGGGGAAUGAUUUGUAUGGAGAAAUUCCUUCAAGCAUCACAAAAUGCAGUGGCCUAAAGUAUUUAGAUUUGGGUUUUAACCAGCUUAAUGGGAGUAUACCAGCUGGAAUUGCUGAUUUGAAGAGGCUAUUGGUCAUUCGCUUAGCAAAUAACUCAAUAGACGGGAUAAUCCCAGCACAGUUUGGGAGUAUUGAAUGGCUUGAAGUUCUCGAUCUGCGUAAUCUCAAACUCGCAGGUGAAAUCCCAGACAAGAUAAGCAAUUGCCGGUUUCUUCUUGAGCUGCAUGUUUCGGGGAAUUCUUUGGAGGGAGGCAUUCCACAAAAUCUUGACAACAUGACGUACCUAGCAACUCUUGACCUACAUCAUAACCGGCUUAAUGGAAGCAUACCAUUGACCAUCGGAAAUUUGUCUAACAUACAUUCUUUGGAUUUAUCAGAAAAUUUUCUAUCCGAUUCAAUUCCUUUUACACUCGAGAAUUUGAAAAACCUAAUUCAUUUCAACGUGUCUUACAACAAUCUUUCCGGUGCUAUCCCUUCAAUUCCAAGCAUUCAACAGUUCGGCUUCUCAGCUUUUUUUCACAACCAAGGUCUCUGUGGUACACCAUUAGAUGACCCAUGCUCUGCUAGUCCUGGGACGCAUAAACCCAAGUUGAGUGCUUCUGCAAUAGUCGCAAUAGUCGCUGCUACAUUAAUUGUUACCGGUGUUUUUAUGAUAACCAUUAUCAACAUGAAGGCUCGCGGGAGGGGACGAGAAGACAAGACUCUGGUUGUAGAUUCUACUCCAUUAGCUUCAACGGAAUCAAAUAUUAUUAUUGGAAAAUUAGUCCUCUUCAGCAAAAAAUUGCCUUCAAGGUAUGAAGAUUGGGAGGCUGGCACUAAAGCCUUGCUUGAUAAAGAAUGUUUAAUUGGUGGGGGUUCUAUAGGAAGAGUGUACAAAACUACCUUCGAAGGAGGAAUCUCAAUUGCAGUGAAGAAGCUCAAGACUCUAGGAAGAAUCCGGAACCAAGAAGAAUUCGAGCAUGAAAUUGGACGUUUGGGAAACCUUCAGCACCCGAACCUUGUUGCUUUUCAAGGUUAUUAUUGGUCGUCUAGCAUGCAGUUAAUUUUGUCUGAAUUUGUUCCUAAUGGAAAUCUGCAUGAUAAUUUACAUGAAAUGAAUUAUCAUGGGAUGAGCUUUCGUGUGAGUAAUCUGGAGUUGAAUUGGCCGAGAAGGUUUCAAAUAGCAUUAGGGACAGCAAGAGCCUUAGCCUACCUUCACCAUGACUGCAGACCUCCAGUUCUUCAUCUCAAUGUCAAGUCCAGCAAUAUACUCCUGGAUGAAAACUACAAUGCCAAACUGUCUGAUUAUGGCUUGGGAAAGUUUCUUCCUCUGCAGGAUAAUUAUGGUUCAAGAAAUAUUCACAAUGCAGUUGGGUACAUUGCACCCGAGUUAUCUCAAAGUUCAAGACUCGUUGAUAAAUGUGAUGUUUAUAGUUUUGGGGUGAUUCUUCUGGAGUUGGUUACAGGGAGGAUACCAGUGGAGAGUCCAGCAGCGAAUGAGGUGCUGAUUUUGCGUGAAUGUGUCAGGGAUUUGAUGGAAAAGGGUUCUGCUUCGGACUGUUUUGACCAAAGUUUGCGAGGAUUCCCAGAAAAUGAGUUGAUUCAGGUUAUGAAGUUGGGUUUGAUUUGUACUUGUGAAACUCCUUCGAGGAGGCCAAGCAUGGCUGAGGUUGUUCAGGUUCUUGAGUCCAUAAGAAAUGGUCUGCAAUCAUAA